UAGCUCGCACUCGUUUUCGUAACUAUGGAUAAAGCUAGUUUACGCAUAUAGCACAAAAGAUCGAAGCCCCCAAUCCCUUUAUCCACACAAGGCACAAACACAGAGCUCCACCAGGAUGACAACAAUGGCGUCCUCAACGUUUUUUAAUUGCACUUCGCUCUCAACUCCUGUGAAACCCCUUCGAAAAACCCCUUCUUGUACUAGCACCGUUUGCCUUUCACAAUUCGCGAAGAAAUCGACGCCAUUGAACCUCUCAUCGUCACACAGCAUCUCUGUUUUCUCCCCACUUCUUCCCAUCACUAUCUCUUCCCCGAACCGAAAACCCCAGUCUCUCACAAUUGUGGCUGCAAAGGGGUAUAAGAUGAAAACCCACAAGGCAUCAGCAAAGAGAUUCAGGGUAACAGGCACUGGUAAGAUAGUGAGGAGGAGAGCUGGAAAACAACAUUUGCUUAGAAAGAAGAAUGCUAAAAGGAGAACUCGCCUCUCUAAAGUGCUACAAGUUGACCGAUGUGACUACAACAAUGUGAUAGGGGCGUUGCCAUAUCUGAAGGUCAACCGAGCCAAUUAGCCCCAACAUUUCUGUUUUGACUAGGGUUGCAUAAUCUGUUCAGAAGCAACAUGUUUUUAUUACUCUCUCAUUGUUGUAUUUGUGAUUUUUGUAAGUGGUUUUGAAUGGCAUGUUUUUACUUCUUUGCUAUAUUGUAGUAUAUAGCCACUGAAUAUGAAGUGUGUAUUGUUAUUUUAAAUGGGCGUUCCUUAAAGUUAUAGAUGCUA